CCCGCAUCCGGGUAACCGCCAAUGGGCCGCAGGGGCGGUGCCGGUGACGUGUCCGGCGCGCGCCCUUUAUCAGCCCCGGGCCCGCGCCCCCUCGGCCGCAUUUCCCCCCGUCGGAGGUCCGGGACGGUCCGCUCCGCUCCGCUCCGACCCUUGUGCCGCCCCUCAGCCGCCUCAGCCUCAGCCGCCUCAGCCGCCGCCAUGUCCGAGGAGGGGAAGCUGUUCGUGGGCGGCCUCAACUUCGACACGGACGAACAGGCCUUGGAGCAGCACUUCUGCAGUUUCGGGCCCAUCUCCGAGGUGGUCGUCAUCAAGGACCGAGAGACCCAGCGAUCCCGGGGCUUCGGCUUCAUCACCUAUGCCAACCCUGAGCACGCCUCGGAUGCCAUGAGGGCGAUGAAUGGAGAGUCCGUGGAUGGCCGACAGAUCCGAGUGGACCAUGCUGGAAAAUCUUCCCGAGGCUCCAGAGGUGGCUCCUUUGGGGGUCGGGGCCGAGGCCGAGGCUACUCCAGAGGCGGCGGCGACAGGAGUUACGGCGGUGGCAGGUAUGACAACAGGAGUGGAGGUUACGGCGGCUCCAGGGACUACGGGGGCAGUCAGGGAGGAUAUGGUGACCGCUAUUCCAGUGGUUCAUACAGAGACAACUAUGACAACUAGGAUGACCAAGCUGCGCACCGACUAAAAAUCCUUCCUGACUCAAGAUCGUCCUUCCAAUGGCUGUAUUUAUAAAGAUUUUUGGAGCUUCGCCGAAACCUUGUUUAAUACAUCUACUUAGGUCUUCCCUUUUUUAUAAGUAUGUCACACGCUCACACCGAAAGAGACUGGCAGUUUACGCCUCGACUUCGCCCCUUCAGACUCUGUCAGAGGGGUCUGUUUCCCAGGGGUUAAAUCCUUUUUGGAAAGGCAGUAUUUAAACCCCAUUGCAAUUUUUGGCAUUGCCAUCCAGGUCUCUUUUAGUUGUGUGGCCCCCCCCACAAGCUGAACUAAGCUGUGGUGUAUCUGGGACUUCUUUUAGUUUGUUCACUUUUUUUGGUUUUGAUUUUUUUUUUUUUUUUUUGGUUUUUACUGUUCCUUUAGUAUGGCAAGGAAGGAACGCAGCCCAGGGGGGAUUGGAAAGGCAGACCACCUCGGUAUGACUAAAGAGAACUGCUUGCUUUUUUGACUUGCAUUAGGCCAAAAAGAGGUAUUUUUACUGUACAAUGCAAAUUGCCCAGACUAGAUUUGCAAACUUUCCAUGAGAGGUUCUUGAAAAUGUUUGUUUAUAUUGUCCUUUUUUUACUGGAAGAGAAGAGAAACGCAUUGUAUUUGAAGUGGUUAAGGAACUCCUGUACUCAGUUUUCUGGCUUCACGAAGCCUAUUAAAAAGACGAACUCUGAAACGAA